AUGCCUCACAAGCUUGCUGAGCAACGAUAUCCCGGCACGAUUGAUGAAAAAGUUAGUUGCGAAGUGGCCACAUAUGUGUGGAUGCAAGAGCACUGCGCCGAUAUUCGGAUCCCAACACUUUACGCUUUCGGCUUCAUUAACGGUAGUCAAUUCACCCACAUCAGGCAGCGACCGCUCUACGUCGGCAUCUACCACGCAUUCUGGCGAUGGAUCCAUCGUCUCUUUCACUACCCCUUGCUCUCGAACUACGCUCGCAACGCAUCUGCACCAGCCGUUGGCGCCGCAUACAUGCUUUUGGAAUAUAUUGGCCCCGAGACUGGGGAGAUGCUAUCACUUACUUGGACUCAACAUAUGCAUGAUGUAAAUCGACGAGCUCGCCUAUUUAGGGGCAUGUCGCGUAUUAUGCUCUCACUCGCUCGGCUCCCACAACCACAUAUUGGUUCCUUCAAAUUCAAUGCCAGCGACGGCACAAUUCAGCUUUCUAACCGGCCCCUGACAUGCACCAUGAUGAUUUUCGAGAAUAGCGGAACGCCACGAACAAUCCAGCCUUGCCAACUGUAUCGGAGUACAGACAGUUUUGCCUCCGAUUUGCUUACGCUGCAUGAUAACCACCUCCUUCACGACCCUCACGCCGUGCGACAUGCGGACGAUGCCCGAGAACGAAUGACGAUUAGGACAUUGCUGCGAACGAUAAUGCACUGCUUCAUCUUGUCAGAUCGAAGGAACGGUCCUUACCUCCUACAAUUGACCGACUUUCAUCAAAGCAACAUUUUUGUGGACGAUGAUUGGAACAUCACUUGUUUGAUCGAUCUUGAAUGGAUCUGCGCGCUUCCGGUGGAAAUGUUGUCAGUACCAUACUGGCUUACAAACUGCAGCAUCGAUGGUAUCAUUGACGAGGAGUAUGACGCUUUCGACGAAGCACGGCAGGCCUUUCUAGCAAUCAUGGAUGAGGAAAAUAGAAGCAUACAGAUGGAACAUGACGUUCAUAUCACAAGCAUGAUGAGAGAUUUUUGGGAGUCCAAAGGAGUGUGGUUCUGGGCCUGCAUGAGGUCCAUAAAUGCUUGGCUUUUCGUGUUUGAGGAUCACAUUCUUCCAAAAUUCUCCGCUGACCGAGCAUUGGUUGUUGACCUGAAGCAGGUCUCGACGUUUUGGCGAGAGGACGUUGGGCAAGUUGUGAAAGCCAAAGUUGAUGACGAAGAAAGGUACCAGGCAGAGCUCCGGUCUCUCUUUGGUACAGAGCUCUGA